GUGGCUUGCUGUCCUCCCUCCCUUCCCUUCUGCCGACGUCACACCGACCGCCCGGUGCUUUUGGAGUUUGACGUGGCACUCGGCAUUCCGCGAAUCCACCAGACGAGGCCAACUCAAGCCCAUCGCACAGACUGUCGGAGGCCAGUUCUUGGCAUGAGAAGAGCGUCCAAAUGAGUCAGCAGGGUUACGUUGCCGCACCGCCGUACUCCCAGGCGCAGCCGGGGUUGGGGGGCUACCAAGGCGGAUUCGGGCCCGGUCCUGCCCAGCCCCACUACGGACACUACGGAGGAGCACCUCAGGCGUACGCGGGGCCUCCUACGGCUGCGCUGAAGUCGCCGAUGUCCUCGGCUCCUGGCGUGCCUCCACCUCCUGGGUCCAUUCCUUAUAAUCCAAACAACCAGCAGAAUGGGGCUCAUCCACAAAGGUAUCCACCGUCCAGUUUCGGACAAGCUGCGCAGUCGUCGUACAACAGCAUGGCCUCUCCGGCCCCGCCUCCGCCGAUGCCGCUCACCAAUCAGAUGAGCGCCAUGAACUUGGGCAACUACGGACCCGUUCAGAACCCCCCGUCCGCGACGAGCCCCGUGGCCCAGCAGCCUUUCCAGGCACCCCCGCCUCCGGCCGGCGCGCAGCCCCUUAUGCAACCGCAGAUGGCCCCGCCGGCAAGCACGUGCAUGGGCCGACCCUUCCCUGGACCGGCUCCUCCUACAGGGCCCGGAGGGUUCCAUCAGCCAGGUCCUGGGCCUGCGGGUCCACUUGGGUACCCGCAACAAGCAGGUCCGUUUAUGGGAGGCCACAUGGCAGGACCCCAGCCAGGGGGCUUCCCUGCAGGACUGGGCCCACAAGCCGGUCCGCCCCAGAAGAAACUGGAUCUGGACUCCAUCCCCAGCACGACCCAAGUCAUUGAGGACGACCAAGCCAGACACGGGGGGCAAGUCUUCGGCACCAACAUCAGAGGACAAGUUCCACCUCUGGUCACCACCAACUUCACGGUCCAAGACCAAGGCCAUGCCAGUCCCAGGUUCAUCCGCUGCACCACCUACUCCUUGCCGUGUACCGCCGACCUGGCCAAGCAGUGCCAGGUGCCGCUGGCCUGCAUUAUCAAACCGUUUGCCCGUUUGCCUAAGAAUGAGACGCCAUUGUACCUGGUGAACCACGGCGAAAGCGGUCCCAUCCGCUGCAACCGAUGCAAGGCCUACAUGUGUCCCUACAUGCAGUUCGUCGACGGCGGCCGCCGCUACCAGUGCGCUUUCUGCAGCUGCGUCAAUGAAGUGCCUGUCUUCUACUUCCAACAUCUGGAUCACAUGGGUCGCCGGGUGGACUUCUACGAGCGGGCGGAGCUGUCGCUGGGAUCCUACGAGAUGGUCGCCACGCUGGACUACUGCAAGAACAACAAGCCUCCCAAUCCGCCCGCCUACAUCUUCAUGAUCGACGUGUCUUACAACAACAUCAAGAGCGGGCUGGUCAGGCUCAUAUGCGACGAGCUGAAGACGCUGCUAGACAAGCUGCCCAGGGAGGAGGGCGCCGAGAGCUCGGCCAUCAAGGUGGGCUUCGCCACCUACAACAAGACGCUCCACUUCUACAACGUCAAGAGCUCCAUGUCGCAGCCGCAGAUGAUGGUGGUGUCCGACGUGGCCGAGAUGUACGUGCCGCUCCCCGACGGCUUCCUCGUCGACUUCCAGGAGUCCAGGGCGCUCGUCUACAACCUACUGAACCAGAUCCCCGACAUGUUCACUGACACCAACGAGAGCGAAACGGUUUUCGCUCCCGUCAUCCAGGCCGCUGUGGAGGCGUUCAAGGAAGCGGAAUGCAGCGGCAAGCUCUUCGUCUUCCACUCGUCCAUGCCCACCGCGGAAGCUCCCGGCAAGCUGAAGAACAGGGACGACAAAAAGCUGGUGAACACGGACAAAGAGAAGACGCUGUUCCAGCCGCUCAAGGCCACGUACGAGCAGCUCUCCAAGGACUGCGUGGCUCAGGGCUGCAGCGUGGACCUCUUCCUCUUCCCCAACCAGUACGUGGACGUGGCCACCUUGGCGGACGUGCCGUCGCACACCGGCGGCUCCGUCUUCAAGUACAACAACUUCCAGGUGGACACGGACGGCGAGCACUUCCUGCGGGACCUGAGGAAGGAAGUGCAGAAGAGCAUCGGCUUUGAUGCCAUCAUGCGUGUUCGUACCAGUACAGGCUUCAGAGCCACCGACUUCUUCGGCGCCAUCCACAUGAACAACACCACCGACGUGGAGAUGGCGGCGGUGGACUGCGACAAGGCGGUGACGGUGGAGUUCAAGCACGACGACGCGCUCAGCGAGGAGACGGGCGCGUUCAUCCAGUGCGCCUUGCUGUACACCACGGUCGGCGGGCAGCGGCGUCUGCGGGUCUUCAACCUCGGCCUCAACUGCAGCUCGCACUUGUCCGAGCUCUACAAGAGCUGCGAGACAGACUCGCUCGUCAACUUCUUCGCCAAAUCAGCCAACCGCGCCAUCCUCAAUCAGCCCCUGAAGAACGUGCGGGACAUUCUGGUCAACCAGACGGCGCACAUGCUGGCCUGCUACAGGAAGAACUGCGCCAGCGGCUCGGUCGCCAGCCAGCUGAUCCUGCCCGACGCCAUGAAGGUGUUCCCGGUCUACAUGAACAGCCUGAUGAAAACGGCCCCGCUGACCGGCAGCACAGAGCUGUCGACAGACGAGCGGGCCCAUCAGAGGCUCGCGGUCAUGGCAAUGGCGGCGGAGGAAACCCAACUGCUGCUCUACCCGCGCCUUAUCCCGCUGCACAACAUGGAUGUUAGCAGCGAGGUCCCGCCCACCCCGGUGCGCUGCUCCGAGGAGCGGCUGGCGGACGGCGGCGUGUUCCUGCUGGAGAACGGCCACGCCUUGUUCCUCUGGUUGGGCCAGGCCAGCCCGCCGGAUGUGAUCCAGAGCCUCUUUAACGUGCCCUCCCUCGCCCACCUGCAGGCCCACAUGUGUGUGCUGCCGGAGCUGGACAACCCAUUGUCCAAGAAGGUCCGAUCCAUCAUUAAUGACCUUCUGGAAAAGAGGUCCAGAUCAAUGAAGCUUCACAUCGUGCGACAGAAGGACAAGCCCGAGAUGAUGUUCCGCGAAUUCCUGGUGGAGGACAAAGGCCUGCACGGCGGCACCUCCUACAUGGACUUUCUUUGCUAUGUUCACCGGGAGAUCAGACAACUGCUCACUUAAGGAAGGGAAGGAGAAGAAAAAAAAUAAAUAAAAAAAUCCCCUCACCAGAAACUCCAAGGGAAUUUUCACAUUCCUGGACCAAACACAGAAAGCGGAGAGUGACGUUUAACCCCGCAAGUGCCAAAGUUGCCUUUUCACCUACAUUCCUGCCUGGUGAUCGACCCCAGACAAAUGGCCCUACGUUGGAAUUUCACAUUAAACCCUCGUGUUAUUGUACUCAUUAUAUCAAGCAAAUUUGGGUUACUUUUAAUGCCAGUCAAUCCAGAAUGAUCAUGAGACAAGGAACUUUUUUUUUUUUUUUUUUUUAAAGAGGGAAGUUGAAAGAAUACCUAUCUAUUUCAUUUCCUGCAAAAUUGUGCACGUCAACGUUCCUAAUUCCAUAUUGUCCUUUGUGCUGCCUUCAAAUCUCGUUUUUUUGUUUUUUGUUUUUUUUGUACAAGAUAAAUGCAACUUUUGCCAUCUGCCUUUUAGUUGAUAUUUGACAGCCUAUUUGGUUUGAAUUAAAACAUAACCUCAGGUCA